UCUCCCUCAUUCUCUCUGCGUACUUUGUGCUAUUUCUCUGAGCAAGCUACACAUCUUCACUAUGACGGGAGGCAAUGGAUCACGUAGUUCGAGACCCUCAUUGUUGCUAAUUUUCAUGCUCAUUCCAGUCUUUGCAGCUACUGCGCACGAUGCUGUUCAUGGAGACGAUCGCUCAUCGCUCCCCCGGCAGUCUCCUCGGGCACCUGAUUCUGCUCAUGAGAUCUCAGGAGAGCCAGGAACCAAUUUCAAGUACGGGAAGAUGACAUUUGACGAGGCUCUGCACCACGGCUCAGAUUCUGACGAACCUACCACGUGCACGUGCACUUGUUAUCGAGACGUACCUGAGUCUCCGAAGACUCCAUUACAAAGUUCACCCAUGCACAGGGAUAGGUCACCUCCUCCUGCUCCAUAUCGCUACUCUCCGAGCCCCGCUUACAGUACUCCUGCACCACCGACCGGCAGCACGACGUCUCCAGUGACUUUCAACUCACCACCCCCAACGCCAUACUAUGAUAUUCCAGCUUACAACAAACCCUCUCCUCCUGUAGUAGCUGCGCCAGAAACCUUCGUUCCUCCUCCACCGCCAUCGCCAGUUUACUGAGGUGCUGGGGGUGGAAGAAGCGACCACGCUCCUGAAGGAAGGGCAGCGCAUCGCUAAGAGAGGAGAUGAACACAUCGUUUGCAGAAUCCGUGUCCAGUGUUCAGUUCCUGGUUCCAUCGCGUGAUCCUGCAUUGUAGUUUUGACUUCAUGUUCAUGAGAGGCUUCCUCGAAAAAUUCAGAAUAAUACGGAUCAUCAGCAUAGACGUGUUUUGUCAGGAUUUGUUAUGCCUUGAAUAGAUACAUUCGCAUUAGCUCAGCGUGACGGAACUCUGUACUCUUGCAUGUGACAGCAUUGAAGCUACUUGUUAUUUAUCGCACAUGUUUCACCUCA